AAUAGACGCUUUGAGCCGGAACGGAACGGAGCACAAAAAAAAAAUGUUUGUUAAAACUUGCCUGCUGCUGCUGGUGUGCGGCGUCGCUGCGCUGUCUGCGCAAAGCUAUGAUGGCUACAAGAUCUAUGACAUCUAUGCACGCAACAACUUCGAGAAGCAGCUGCUGCUGCGUCUGGCCAACAAUGUGGACUACGACUUCUUCGAUAUGCCGCGUGCCCUGGAUGUGGCUACGCGUGUGAUGGUGCAGCCCAAGGAUCAGGAAUCGUUUGAGGAGCUGCUGCGACGCUUCGCUGUCAACUUCAUGGUGAUCGACAACAACGUGGGCAACACGCUGCAGCAGCAGCAGCUGGAGAACCAGCGCCAGCGCCUGAUGGCCCAGCGUGACACGAAGCGCAGUAUCAGUUUCACUGCCUUCCAUCGUCAUGACGAGAUCAAUGCUUACCUGGACGAGCUGGCCAAGGCCUAUCCCAGCCGCGUCACGGUCAAAACGGCUGGCAAAUCGUACGAGAAUCGCGACCUAAAGACCAUCACCAUCAGCAACGGCGACGGCAAGAGCGGCAAGAAUGUGAUCUUCCUGGAUGCUGGCAUACAUGCACGCGAAUGGAUUGCCCCGGCCGGUGCGCUCUACGUCAUCUAUCAGCUGGUGGAGAACUUUGUGGCCAAUGCUGAUCUGCUGAAGAACUACGAUUGGGUCAUUCUGCCCGUGGUGAAUCCCGAUGGCUAUGAAUACACCCACACCAGCUCGCGCAUGUGGCGCAAGACCCGCAAGCCAGUGAGCUCCGCUUGCUCUGGCACCGACGGCAAUCGCAACUUUGACUUCCAUUGGGGCGAGGUGGGCGCCUCCAGCUUCUCGUGCGCCGACACAUACAAGGGCACAACGGCCUUCUCCGAGCCAGAGACGCAGCUCGUGCGCGACCUGCUGCUCAGCCUGCAGGGCCGUGGCAAGUUCUACCUGACGCUCCACUCGUAUGGCAACUACUUGCUCUAUCCAUGGGGCUGGACAUCUGACCUGCCCGCCGACUGGCGCGCCCAUGAUGAGGUGGCUCAAGCUGGCGCCGCGGCCAUCAAGGCCUCCACGGGCACCAAAUACACUGUGGGCAGCUCGACGAAUGUGCUCUAUGCCGCUGCCGGUGGCAGCGAUGAUUAUGCCUUUGGCGUUGCCAAGUUCCCCGUUUCCGUGACCAUGGAACUGCCCGCCGGCGGCACUGGCUUCGAUCCAUCCACGGAUCAGAUACUGCCCUUCGUCACCGAGACCUGGACGGGCAUUCGUGCCAUGGCCGAGAAGGUCAUUCAGAAGUAUUAAGGCCUAAAUACAGCAAAUAAAACCAAUGCUAUUUUAUAUACGA